CAUUCCCAUACCAACAGACUUGAGCAAAACUUCUUUGCUUUCGUGAGAGAGAAUUCGGGAAAUCAAGAAAAGAAUCUCUCUUUUAAUUUGUCUCUGAUGAAGUUUAGUAUCUCUACCUUAAAUCCACUAAAUUAAAGCAUUCACGUGGAACUAACAGUAUUGGUUAUGCCUAAAGAAAAUGAAUCUAAUCUCUUACUUCCUCCACAACAUUGUCAGUAAAGGUCUUUAAACAUGUUUUGAUAUAAAGAAAAAAAGAAAAAGAAAAAAGAAAAUAGUUUUGUGACAGGGAUAUUUAAGCAUAUUGGGGAAGCAUGAGGGGCAGGCAAACUCUCUUCAUUGUUUGUGUUCUUUGAUAAUGGCUAUUACUACGUUGAACUCGGUACUCUCCCUGAGCUCGAGUCAUCAUGAUAAUCAGACAAGAAUCCCUCUCAUUCUUUCCUCAAGAUCUCAUUCUGUUUCUCUCAUACACAACAAGCGACCUAGUUCCCUUGCGCUUCGUUGUUUCAACAAUGCCGAUAAUGUCUCAUCCGAAAAAGAUACCCCAAUCGAACUCAAGUUUUCAGCAUUUCCAACGGUUAUGGACAUUAACAAGAUCAAAGAGAUAUUGCCUCACAGGUUUCCGUUACUGCUGGUGGAUAGAGUGAUAGAGUACACGCCUGGUGUUUCAGCUGUAGCUAUUAAGAACGUCACUAUCAAUGACAACUUCUUCCCCGGUCAUUUCCCUGAUCGACCCAUCAUGCCUGGUGUUCUCAUGAUUGAGGCAAUGGCACAAGUGGGAGGCAUAGUAAUGCUGCCGGAAGUAGGAGGGUCUCAAGAUAACUUCUUCGUUGGCGGUAUUGAUAAAGUGAAAUUCCACAAACCAGUGGUUGCAGGAGACACACUGGUCAUGAGGAUGACUAUCCUCAGCUUCCAGAAACGCUUCGGGCUUGCUAAGAUGGAAGGUAAAGCUUAUGUGGGUGCCUCCUUGGUCUGCGAAGGCGAGUUCACGAUAGUUUCUUCUGCAGGUACUUCGUCCUGAUCUCACAGUCUCACUCGCUGCUAUAUGUGUUUUCUUUUUCUGUGAUUCUCUUGGCCUUGUGUGUUCUGUAUUAAUGUCUCUCUUGAGUGAUGAAGAGAUUCAUGAUAUAAAUAAAAUAAAUAAAGUUUGGUUUAACA